CUGCGGAGGCCCUCCUCGCCAGGGGCCGCGGGUUCUGCGAGGAGGACUCCGAUCUCUCCCGCUUGUGGGAGUUCCCUGAGCAGCGGCGCCUCGCCGAGCGGCCAGAGGUGGUAGACACUCGCUACUUUUCCUGCUCCUGGCAGGGCGGCUGGGCGAGGGCGCAACGUCUCCGCCAUUGCGCCGUGGAGCUGCUGGCCGUGCACGCUGAAUGCCACCACGUCCACGACGCGGACCAGUGGAGCAACCCCGAGGCAUGGCAGCAGGAAGCCGCCUACACCGCGCGCCUGGCGGUCGCGGUGGCCGCCUCGGUCACGCGCUGGGCCAUCCGCGUCUCGCGGCUUUGCUGGGGCUCCCCCGUGCUACCCCAGCCAGUUUGUCAUGGCCGUGUUCGCGUCCACAGUGACCCAUCCAGCGUCCGCCUUCGCGCUCUCCCCGCGGCCCUGGCGAAGAUCGGCCUCGCGGCGCCUGGAUCGAGUGGCCACGGCGCCCGCCUGGCAUCGGUCAAACACUUCAAAAACGUGCCGCCAGGCAGCGUCUACAUAGGCAGGGGCUUCCAGAAGAUGGGCCUGAAGAAGAGCGACUUCUGCAACCCGUUCCGCAUAGGCCCUGACGGUGAUCGCGCCGCGGUUGUCGCCAAGUUCAGGUCCUGGAUCUGCCGGCAGCCUGCUCUCCUGCGACGCUUGCCUGAGCUUCGUGGGCGCCUCCUCCUAUGCCACUGCGAGCCUGGGGAGCCGUGCCAUGGACAGGUACUACUUCAGCUCCUCUCACGCGUGGUUGUUUCUUGAUUGCCUUCGAUGCCCCGGAGGCCCGGUGCAAGGUGGCCGCAAGAGGGUCUCGCGGCGGCUUUCUUCAUGCUCUUCCCGGGCGAGGUGUGCGAGGGCCUGCGGUUCCCGUUCGUCGAGGACCUGGUGAACACCGACACCUUCUGCGAGUUUUUCUCGUGGGCGGAUGACCGCGGCAUCGACGAGCUGCACGCUUCGGCCUGCUCGUCGCUACUGUGGGACUUGCCCGCGCAGAUGCACAUGCAGCGAGCGUGGCAACCUGGCGCGUACGCCUCGUCCUACGCCCCAGAUCCUCCAGUGGCGCCCGCCUUCGACAAGUGGGAGCAUUUUUCAGCUGCGGUGGAGCUGCAGAAUGACAGCCACCCGUUCGAUGCACCAGUGCUGGUCGACAUCGACACGCAGUUCGCGUGCUGGCUCACUGUCCGGCACCGCCAUCAUCGACGACAUUUUCGCGAGUGCCGUCUCCGUGACAUCCGCCACCUUGAACGACGGCUUCGCCCUCUUUCUGCUCAUAUUCGGCGCCGCUCCCACCCGUCGGUCCGACGCGUGGCCGGCGACGCGCCCUUGGCCCUCGAGGCGGUCUUGGUACUGCUCGCUUCGUGGCCGGAUGUGUCUUUCCCCAGGUGCCAUUUCGAGGGGUUCCGGAUCAUCGACAACAUUGCGAAGUCCGGCAUUUUCCGCCCCUCAACGGCGCGCCAGGGCCUCGGCAAAGCGGCGCUCCUGGAGUCCAGCGAGUCAUGGAUCGAUUCGCUUUGCUGCCGCACUGCCUGGACCGAGAGCACGCAAUUCAUUUUCGACGCGACCUGCAAGGAAAUCAACAUUUUUGGAAGUCCGUUACGGUCGCGUUCUUUCAUGGACUCCAAGUUUGGCAAGGGGCGUUGGUCUGCCAUGUGGCGUUUCGUCGUUGUCCAGCCGGGCGGCAAGCGCCGCUGUUGUGACGACGGCCGCAGGGCCGGGCACAACGAAGCAUCGCAGUCCGCGGACCGCAUCCACACGUGCUCCGCCUUUGCGCCGUGCGAUACGUCCUUCGCUCUGCUCUCGGAAGCUGCCGCGCAGGACGUCGACCUCGUCAGCGAGGGCAUCGAGGUCGAGACGGGCGGCGAGGACCUGUCGGACGCCUACCGGUACGUCCCCGUCCACCCCGAGGACGCGAAUGUGUCUGUGGUCGCCAUUCGCCACGCCGCGCGCCAGGAGGUCGUCUUCCAGGAGCUUUACGGCCUCGCAUUCGGGCUCUCCGAAGCCGUGCCAGCCUUCAACCGUAAGCCGUUCUGCUAUACGGCAUUGGUGCGGCGUUUUCUGGGCAUGCUCUUAGAUAUGAAUUUUGAUGACGCCAGCGAGAUCGACUUGAGCUCUGCCAAAGGGUCCGGCCAGCACGUGGUCUCCGAGUUCUUCUCGCUCCUCGGCUCGCCGUUUAAGCCGUCCAAGCGCCACGUCAUGGGCCUCGAGCGUGACUUCCUUGGCCUGGUGCGCGACCUUUCAUCCCUCAUGUCCGACGGGGUCAUUCGGGUGACCGUCCGCGAGUCGUUGAAGACCAAAGUGCGCACGCUCAUCGACGACGCCUUGGCGACGGAGGUCCUCACGCCGGGCGUCGCCUCGAAGCUGCACGGCGCCCUCAAUUUCAGUUCGGCGGCCUGCACGGGGAAGGUUGGCAGGACUGGCCUCUCCGCUUUGAUCGGGCGCCAGUACGAGAAGAACUGCUUGGACUUCAAGCUGACGCCGAAACUGCGCAACGCGCUCCUCUUCUUCAAGCGCCUCCUGGAUGGGCACCUCGCCCGCCUGCUCCGGCGCUCGGGAGCCCGCGGGCCACCUGCAGUGGUGGCCUCGGAUGCGUGCUUUGAGGCGUCAUUCGCCGGCAUCUCUGUCUUGGCCGUCUCUGGCGUGCUGCGACGUGCACUGGUGGCCCGGGUCGGCCAGGAGUUGCUGGGUUUGUGGGGAUUCCCAAAGCAGCCGAUUGCUGCCCUCGAGGCCUCGGCGAUCCUCUUGGCUUCCCUUCACCCGUACAUCUCCGACUGCCUCGCCAACCGCGACGUCAUCUGGUUUAUCGACAACACGAGUGCCCUCUACGGUUACGUCAAGGGUGCUUCUGGGAAUGAGAUCUUGGACCAGAUCAUAGCCAUCGCCCAGCUCCGCUGGGCUUACCUCGGGGCGCGCAUUUACUUCGAGUUCGUCCCGUCCGAGGCGAAUUGGAGCGACGGGGCGUCCAGGGACCAGGAGGGCGACGGCUUCCUUGUCUCGGCGGGCUUCGCGGUCCAGAGCGUGACCACCCAGGAGCUCAGCAGCGUGCUGGCCCAGGAUAGCGCGGGCGAGCUAUGAAGUUGCUGCUAAUACAUUGGGAGUUGUUCUAGAGUCCUUGGGGAUUUUAUUUUCCAUUGGGGCUGGACUCUGAGACCCAUCAUGUCUCCGAGUCUUCUCCGCCACGCGCGUCGAAGACCCUCGAGGUCCUGCCUCGGGUCUCCUGCCGCGCAGUUCCGGAGGGCAAGCUCGUUUCCCAAAGACUCUCUUCAAUGAACAACUCGUGGGUGUGCCGUGGAGAGGUAAAACUGCCUAGUGCAAGCUAUCGUGUCCAGCACGGCCCGUCCACAUGGGCAC